AUGCGGGCGGCCGACUCCGGCUCGUGGGAGCGCGUCCGCCAGCUCGCGGCACACGGCCAGCCGACUCUGUCCUGCGGGCGGGACACCGGGCCCCUGCGCGCCCCGGAUCCCGGAGCCUGCGAGCUAUGCACGGACGCUGCAGGGUCCCGAGAGCAGCAGCGAGCUGGGGCGGUCCCCGAUGCAGCCGAUGGCUACGGCAGCCAGCUGGUGCUCCUGCGGGAGGAAGUGGUCCAGCUUCAAGAGGAAGUGCACCUUCUCCGGCAGAUGAAGGAGAUGCUGGCCAAGGACCUGGAGGAGUCACAGGGCGGCAAGUGCUCUGAGGUCCUCUCAGCCACAGAGCUUCGGGUGCAGUUGGUGCAGAAGGAGCAGGAACUGGCCAGAGCCAAAGAAGCCUUGCAAGCCAUGAAAGCCGACCGGAAGCGCUUAAAGGGAGAGAAGACGGACUUGGUAAGCCAAAUGCAGCAGCUGUAUGCCACUCUGGAGAGCCGGGAGGAGCAGCUGCGAGACUUCAUCCGUAACUAUGAGCAGCACCGUAAGGAGAGCGAAGACGCAGUCAAAGCGCUGGCCAAGGAGAAGGACCUCCUGGAGCGGGAGAAGUGGGAGCUUCGCCGGCAGGCCAAGGAGGCCACGGACCACGCCGCCGCUCUGCGCUCCCAGCUGGACCUCAAGGACAACCGCAUGAAGGAGCUGGAGGCCGAGCUAGCCAUGGCCAAGCAGUCCUUAGCCACACUGACCAAGGAUGUCCCCAAGCGGCAUUCACUCGCCAUGCCUGGCGAGACGGUGCUCAAUGGCAACCAGGAGUGGGUGGUUCAGGCCGACCUCCCGUUGACUGCCGCCAUCCGUCAGAGCCAGCAGACGCUCUACCACUCCCACCCUCCCCACCCCACAGACCGGCAAGCGGUCAGGGUGAGCCCCUGCCACUCAAGGCAGCCUUCCGUCAUCUCCGAUGCAUCUGCUGCUGAAGGUGACCGGUCAUCGACCCCGAGCGACAUCAACUCCCCACGACACCGGACGCACUCCCUCUGCAACGGCGACAGUCCCGGCCCAGUUCAGAAGAGCCUGCACAGUCCUAUUGUACAGUCACUAGAGGAUCUUGAAGACCAAAAACGGAAAAAGAAGAAAGAGAAGAUGGGAUUCGGCUCCAUCUCUCGAGUCUUCGCCAGAGGGAAGCAACGGAAGUCCCUCGACCCGGGCCUCUUUGAUGGUACCGCCCCUGAUUAUUACAUAGAGGAGGACGCGGACUGGUGAUAACCCACCACCCUUCGCCCAUUGUCCGUGGGCGUGUCUGUGUGUGGAUGAGCCAUGGAGCGUGCGAGUGUGUGUGCAUGGGGGCGCGGGGCCUGCGUGGGGUGCGUGUGCAGGGGUGCAUUCACCCGCACGGGUGUGUGUAGCCGAGCGCCUAGGACAGGCAGAAACACAAAUGUGACCCCGCCCGCCUCGCGUCGCCACCUCUGUAAUCGAUGUACAUACCACAGACCGUGUGUGACUCUGUCACCUCUGUUGUCUCCGAGUGAUACAGUUGUGUUUGUUUUUCUUGUUUGUUUUGUUUUUCGAUGUUUGGGGGGCUUUUUGUUUGUUUGUUUAAUCCGUUGUAUUUUUGUUUUUAAUUUCCCCCUCUCUCCUCCCUCCUCCUUUUUAUGAAACUUGAACACUUGAAGGACUGCUGUGUAUUUGUAAAUAACAAAAGUAGUGUGCACUUUGUGCUCGUAAAGUCCCUCGUCCAGCCGCUACUGCAGCCCAUGUCGCCAAGGAUGUGGUCUGCUUUCCAUGUCCCCCCUCCUCCCAACCCCUCAGUGUGAACAUGUGGGACCAGACCCUGUUCUCGGGGUGUGCCCAAGUCACUUUAACCACCAAAACACCCCGUCAUCGUUGUCAGGGUAAGGUCACUCCGCAGAGACUCGUGAGUCCAACCGAGAAGCCUUGGCUGGGCUACAGUGUUUAUAGGGGUCAUACAGGCUCUUUUUAAUGGCCUGCCUGUUUUUAAAUUGUGUUGCUGUUUCUUUCUUUAUGGAACAAAAGAGAGAAAGAAAACUGUUGCAUUUAAUUUAUUUGCACAAAUGCAGAAACGUAUUCUAUCUAAAUUAUUACGUGAAUAUCGGAAUGUAUAUUUUUCCACGGGGUGGGCGGGAGGCGGGCAUUUCUGCUGACUUGUCUAUUCUGUGUUCAUGCCGCUGCAGACACUGUGCAAGGUAGAAUUAGAGUGGCUAGAACUGGGGACCUCAGAUGGCCAGCUUGCUUAUUCUCUUUUCUCUUUUCUCUUUUCUGUCUCUCCCGGCUGCUGUCCCUGCAUGAGAGGACUCCUACCUUCUGCUCUGGCCUUCCUCUAUAUAUAUUCUCUCUAUAUAUAUUUAUUUAUCUGACAUACAGAACGUGACUUCAGUGAGCAGAGACUAGUGAUCACGUUCCUCUUCUCUUGGGCCUGUCUUUGGAGCCAUGUUGAUUGAGUCCAGGGAAGGACAGCCUGGGGCACAUCCAUAGGGUCUGACCAGACCUCUGGGCCUGAGUCAGCUGGGUAAGAGGCCUCCAGUGGCACACACACACACACACACACACACACACACACACACACACACACGCAUGCAUGCACGCACUCGAGUGCCUCUCUAUCCUUAGUUUAUUCCGCACAUGGGCCAGGCAGAUGUCAACAGAGAAGAUGCCCACCUUCUGGGAAGGGCUGUUGGGGAGAAUAUCUGGCAGGUGAGCCCUCUGCCCUCUUUUCCAAUUGGUUUCUUCAGCCACACAUGGACUCUCUUGGAAUCCCCAGAGCCCUGUCCUCCAAUUCUAUCAGCAGCUCAAGCAGGCUCAUCCCAUGAGGGCUGGCGGAUGCCUAUGGCUGUUUGGGGAGCAGCAUUGCCCCACAGGGCUUCAUCAGGGCAUGGAGAACCCAGAGUUUCCAGCCAGUUCUGCCCCACCCUAAAACUCAGUUUCCCCUUUCUUUUGCCCCAGGACCCCCCUUUCUACUGAUCCUUAACCACUAACCCUCAGUCCACACCCUCGUGGCCUCUGUGGCAUUUCCACUAACAGCAGCAUUCUCAAUUCUUAAGAAGAGAUUUUCCAGUGCUGGAUGGAGCAUCUGGAAUGUAUAGGAUCUUGUGCCCAAAGCCUCUAAAACAAGCCAAAAAGCCCCCGCCAGGUCCCCUCUUCCCUCCCAACCUAGC